AUGCUUUCUUUCACAGACCUGCCUGCCGAAAUCCGUCAGCGAAUUAUAUCGCUUAACUUCCCCGAUACCUGUGGCGUUGGCAUGCGUUUCCCUCGCGAGAUCCGCGCACCACUACAUACUAGCCGUAGUUUGCGCCUCGAUACCGCUGAAGUGCUCAAAACCUGGUCACCAAUACACUACAUUUCCCACCCAAAGCAAUUACAUCGCCUUCCAUCACCGUACAUAGACUCUCCAGACCAAUAUUGUCUGCCCAAAACACCUUCUGCACUCAUUGAUGGCCGUACCUACAGCCCACGCCUCCAGCGCGUAUGUAUCGAUCUCUUUCACGACGCUCUCGAGGACAAGAUACUGUGGACAUGCUAUUGCGAGGCAGGUGAUAGACAAUACUCGCAUCACGAACUUGUUUCAAACUGGGCCGAUGUUGUGAAGUACUUGCCUAUCGAAGGGAUCAAUGAGGUUUAUGUGGACGUCACACCCGCGCCCCAUUCGAGCCGCCCGAAAGCAAGGACGGGAUUAGUUAUCCGACCGAUGCUGUACGACAAGCGCAUCGGAACUUUCUUAGCAUGUCACACAGACGACGUUGGUGAUCUUGUUGCUGCGAUACACAAACACUAUCAAGGUCGAGCUGAGCUCAAGUUGACGGGGAACUUGAGCGCCAAGACGGAGUGGUUUCUCGCAUGUCUAGAUAGACGCUCAAACCUGGGACUAGACUAUGUCGGGAAACUUUAUACGGGCGAUGAGCCAUGCUUUCAGGGAAUUUACCAGGCAGUUGCCCACAUCGUAACCAAGGAGGAAGUCAACGAAGCCAGGAGGAGAAGUGAAAGUCACCCAUUGGCGUGGCUGCAACAGACGCAAUGGUCAAAGGAUGUGCAAUGGACGUACGCAAAACUCGUCGAAUUAGGCGAGGAAAAAGGCGUGAUGGAAGAUCUGCGGACACUGGUCGAAUUUAAGGUGCAUGCCGAGAGGAAAGUGUUGAAGUUUGCCCAUACAUCUGGUUACAGGCAAGCUUUUCAGCAACGAGCUGCGAAGAACCUCGGAGGCUUCUUAGCGAAAAGAGAAGGCCCGGGCAAGCAAAUCCGGAUAGUUUUGACGAAACAUCGGAAACACAGGGAUAGGAUGGGCUUCUGGUGCUGGGCACCUCCUGACACAAAUGAACUCAAGAAGCUUUGUAAUAUAACAUUUAUCGACAUUAUUCCUAUCCUGACAAGCUGA